AUGGUGGACAAAGGAGAUAGUGAACCUUUAGAUACUAGUACCUGGUGGCAAUCCAUCACAUGGCCCAUUUCCCUGUAUGAACAAACAAACAACUUUGAAGUGUCCAUACUAAUGUCAUUUAAUAAAUCAUUUAGGAUGACCGGUGAUAUGAAAAUAGUGUUUAAUUCUGGUAGACCAACAGACAUGAUUUUGGAAAAGUCGUCAGAUUAUGGAGUUACAUGGACGCCGAUACAAUAUUAUGCUCGAAAUUGUAAGAAAUAUUACGAUCAAGGAAUUGCGCGGGAAAUAACACUGGACAAAGCAGACGUGGUAAUAUGCACAGAAAGAUACAGUGGUAAUGUAUUCAAUCCUCAACCAGGACUUCAAGUUGACUUUGCAGCCUUCUCUGAUCGUUAUAUAUUGUUAUUUCCAAACGAAAACUAUACAGUGUAUUAUAACUCAAUGGGAAAUUCGAAUCUACUCAAGUUUUUCAGUUUUACUGAUCUGAAAAUACGUCUGUUACAUCCCGCUACAGAUGCCAGAGAAACAUCUCGACAGCAGACCGACUUUCUGAAAUAUUAUUAUGCUAUUUCUGAUAUAUCAAUAGAAGCAAGAUGCCACUGUAACCUUCACAGUAGUAGCUGUACUUAUGUCGAUGGUCAAGCAACGUGUCAAUGUAAACAUUUUACUACUGGAGUGGAUUGUGAUGAAUGUUUACCUAUGUAUAAUAAUAAACCAUGGAGGCCUGGUACCUAUUCACCAUAUCCUACUGGUACAGCUAAUCAAUGUGAAAAAUGCGAAUGCUACGAUCAUGCUGUUAGUUGUGUAUAUAAUGAAACUAUAAGCCAAGGAGUUUGUGUCAAUUGUACCCACAACACCACAGGUUAUAGCUGUGAAAAUUGUCUACCUGGAUUCUUUCCUGAUGGAAACGUACAAUUGAACGACUCGGCCAGAUGUAUCGUGUGUAACUGUGAUACUGAUGGUACUGUCGGCAGAAGUAAUGAAUGUGCCCAGUCAAAUGGCCAGUGUGUAUGUAAACCAACCACUGAAAGUAGAAGAUGUGAUACUUGUAAACCUGGGUUCUAUCAGUUUCCUAGGGGUACACCCGCACAGGUACAUUUAAACAGUUACUUCAUCAUGUCAUGUCAAAACACGUUUAACUUUAUUCAAAUAUGUACAUGUGAUCCUAUUGGUACAGUAGUAAAUACAGUAUGUUAUAGUAUUGGUGGUCAAUGUGAAUGUAAACCAGGUGUCGGUGGUUUAAAAUGUGAUCGUUGUCUAUCUGGAUUUUUUAAUUUCACCAUUGAAGGGUGUCAACAUGGAUGUUUACCAUGUGAAUGUAACCAAGAUGGUAGUACUGGUGAACAAUGUGCAUCUAGUGGACAAUGUCCAUGUAAAGAUACCAUUGGUGGUAGAAAAUGCGAUAUCUGUCAAACCAAAUAUUUCCAAUUUUCUGCUGAUGGUUGUAUAACAUGUAACUGUUCAACAACUGGAUCUCUGACUGGUGCCUGUGAUAUAGCCAGUGGUAUUUGUGAAUGUAAAGAUAAUGUAGCUGGUGAUAAGUGUGAUGAAUGUAAACCACAAUAUUUCAAUCUUGAAGACAAGAAUCCUAGAGGCUGUCAACCAUGCUUCUGUUUUGAACACGGAACUUCUUGUUCAUCAGCUACUGGAUAUACUGCUAAACAACUGACUUGUGAAGCUUGUUCUCCUAACGUUACUGAACCAGACUGUACUACCUGUAAAGAUGGCUUUUACGGUUUAGAUCAGGACGGCUGUAAACCUUGUGAAUGUGAUGCUAUUGGUUCGACUAGUUCUGUGUGUGAUAAAGAUGCAGGACAAUGUACAUGUAAUCCACAUAUAACUGGUAGACAAUGUAAUGAAUGUGAAGAUAAUUAUCAUAAUUUACAAUCUACUGGCUGUACGGGUAAGUUCCUUGACUUUUUUAGGCAGAACAAAAACAUUUUCAUCUCAUUUAAGAUUCAGAUUUAUAUGCUUGACACAUAA